GCAUACGAAACACUGUGAAUAAACAAGUGCACUAUCUGCAUGAUCUCUGGGUAUUCGUGCGUUAGCCAAUCAGAAAACGCCAACUUUGUUUUUGGUGACGUCAUAACCUCAACUCGACAUUUCUCAGCUAAAUUUAUCGUAACGCGCAUAACGAGAACUUUAAUCUUUAGAUAACGAAACAGGAAAAUGGAUAUAAAUGCUUCUGUAACGCUGGUAAUUCGAGCUCCAAAUCAAAGAAUAGAAGAUCACACGGUCGAAUGCAUGUUAGGCUGGACUGUGAAGAAAUUAAAGAAGCACCUAGAGGAUGUGUACCCCAGUAACCCAAAAGAAACACAACAAAGACUUAUAUAUUCUGGAAAACUAUUAGCUGAUGAAAUGACAUUAAAAGAAAUUAUUAUUCAGAAUGAAGAAAAAGUUCAUCAUACAGUCCACUUGGUGUGUUCUCCAUGUGUUGACCAUUCUUUUAAUGAAUCUCAAAAAGCUAAAGAAAGAGCAGCAGCAGCUAGCAACACAUCCUCUUCAUGCUCAACAAACAGCAGCACGCACAGCACAACCAGCACACAAGCCACGCACAGCGCACACAGUACAGAGGGACUCCGCCAUCGCAUUCCUCAUAGUCCCAGCAGCCAACCUGUCACUAUGGCCAGCUUUGUUACCAGCUCCAGCAGCACAACCUCCCCCCUACAGUCUCCGGUCAUGACAAUGCCCAACAACCCAGGAAUGGCCUUGACCCAUGAACAGUACAUGAUGAUGAUGCAGAAUUACUACUACCAGAUGGCAACCCACUACAUGCAAUACUAUCAAACAGGGACAUACCAGCCCCUGAUGGCCACUGUUGCCCCUGAGGCAGAGAACCAGGUUCCUGUGGAGAAUGUCCAGGAAGCCCCCGCUGCGAGGCCAGACAACGCUAACCCAGUGAUGAAUGCCCAGGGUGGGAUGGAUGACGACGAUGAUGAUGAGUUUGGACAGCGGGACUGGCUGGACUAUGUCUACACCUUCAGUCGCUUUAUGGUCCUAAUCAGCAUUGUCUACUUCUAUUCCAACUUCACCAGAUUUCUGGCUGUCGCUGCCUUCUUUUUCUUUGUUUAUUUAUAUCAGACCGGUUGGUUCGCUGUUCGUCGAAGGAAUCCUGAGGCAGAAAAUGAGGUCAACGAGGGACAGGAACAGCCACAGCAGCCAGAAGCAGCGCCCCAGGACCCUGGGACAGAGGAAAAUACAGAGCGCGCCCAGGCCAAUGACACAACACAAACAGAAGGUGCCUCCCCAGAGACUGUGGACCCCCCAACAGAGGGUACUGCACCUGAGGCUGUGGAACCCCCACCCCCCAGGGGUCUGACCCUUGCCUGGAGUUUUCUGACUACAUUUUUUACCUCAUUGAUACCUGAGCCUCCAGCCCCAGUGAAUGCGAAUUGAAGUCCUUUGCCAAAUAAAUGAAGAAAUCCAGUCAUAUAUAGAUUCACUGAUAAAAUGUAUUACAUGUAGUUGGACCUCAUUUUGUGAUGGAAAUCGUCAACAAACAACACACAAUCAGCAUAGUGUAUUAGAGCUCAUCUUUAAUGGUUUUUCCUUGUUUUCGGGUGUUUUUCUACAAAGUGGGGAAAGCAAAUCUAUUAUUGGUUGAAAUUGUUUUAUUUUGUCUUGAAAUCCACUAAACUGUGAUGAUUAUAUUAACAUUUUCACUAAUGUUUUUGUUUUGUUGUGACUGCCAUAUUGAUAUGUUCAUGUUGCUUUUUUAUUAUAUACAUGUAUGUCCAUAUUUUACAUGUGAUAUUUAUUUCUUCAAACAAUAUGCUUUUCUGAUAAUCUGGAGAUAACUAUGUAUACAAACUUUUCACUUUAUGUAUGGCUACUGUGAAGUCUGGGUAAUGGAUUACUUCUUGUAGUUGAACAGGAAAAUGUGUCAAAAAUCAGUCUAUACUUGCAGAUAUCAUCACAUCGUUCUCUGAGUUUACAGGUUUUAACAUUAAAAAUGCUUUACAUUGUAUUAUUCAUUUUGUGUAAUUAACAUGUAUGUUAUAUAAUCAGAUUAUUUGUACAUAAUGUAAAUACCAGCAUCCCUGUACAGUCACACUCAUGUGUAAAUAGAAGCUCUGUAUAUAGUUAACUGGUGCUAAAUACUCUAAACUCUACCAUUGAUGGAGAGAGAGAGAGAGAGAGAGAGAGAGAGAGAGAGAGAGAGAGAGAGAGAGAGAGAGAGAGAGAAAUGGUGUCUUGUGAGAAUUUUAUAUGCCUGAUAAUCUUGAAUAGGUGUUCAUCUCUUAUUUUAAAACAAAAUGUCUUUAAAUUGUGCUCCUCCCAUACUCUCAAAGGUUUACAACUAGUAGUUUGAAUAUACAUAAUAAACGUAGUCUCACUUUGACAUAAUAUAGGUCAGGCACAGACGUAUCAACAAAAGUCUGUUUGUGAUGUAUUUGAAAUCCUGUAUACUGUGGGUGUCGAGUGACCCGCUCUUGUUUGUUUUAUAAUGUGUCUUGUUAACAAAGUGGUUAUAGCCUGGGAGCAAUUCGCUUGUAUGGUCAAAUAAACUAUCACAAAACACAAUUUAAA